CUUAGGCUUAUUGACUAAAAGCAAUAAAACAGAUUUAAUCCAAAAAUUGAGAAAGUAUUCAGAAGUUACAAAUCAUGAAAAAGGGAAAGAAAAAGAUGUUCUUGCAAAUACAAGUAAUUUGGGGCAAGAAAUUGCUAAUAAUAUCUCAAUAGUCUCUGACCAUAAAGAAAUCUCAGCUGUAUUGGAUAUAAACUCAGAGGAAUAG